GGUGGGGUGCCCCAGUAGAGCUGCACGGCUAGCAACGCCCCUGGUGACAGCAAAUAAACACACACUUCUGUUAACACUGUAAAUCCUGGCUUUUGCAAAAACAUAUUUAGUGUUUGCUAUUUUUUAUUUAAAAUGUGUUGAAUUUUUCCAAGGUUGUUUUUUUGGCAGCCUGGAGUGAACAGGGAGCCUCCGCAGGCCAGCCUCCCGUGUAAAUGACAUUGCAGUCAGGAAAGGGUUGCAUCGUUAAGCUAACAACGCAGUCAUGAGCAGGCAGCAAUGGGCCUCCUCCGCGUGACCUGAACGUCAAAAGUCGUGGAGUUGCUGUUCUCCAGCAAAUAGAUGGCGACUGGUGGAAUUGCCCUGUAGAGGCUGUCUUCCCUGUUAUGUCCAACGGAAUAAGUGAUGUGAGCCAGUGAAUUUUCGGAUACCCUCUGAUGUUCAGUCCGAGCUGUGUCUGUAUGGCAGAUGUCUGUUUAGCAAGUUUCAUCAUCAUCUGAGGAUAAACUCCAUGUCCAAAUUCAGCAGCUAAGCGUAUGCUACAGUGACACCCACCAUGUUUUGGAAGUUUGAUUUGCACACAUCCUCCCAUCUGGAGGCUUUGCUGGACAAGGAGGAUGUGACCCUCUCUGAGCUCAUGGAUGAGGAGGACAUACUGCAGGAAUGCAAGGCCCAAAACAGGAGACUGCUCCUGUUCUUGUGUCAGGAUGAGUGCAUGCAGGAGCUGGUCCGUAUGAUCACGACAGAGCCCCCUUCUGGUGCAGAGGAGACAAAGCGCUUCAAGUAUCCAAAUAUAGCCUGUGAGCUGCUGACAUGUGACGUGGGAGUGAUCAACGAUAAGCUGGGUAAUGAGGAGCCUCUGCUGGAGACUCUGUAUGCCUUCCUGGAGCAGCCAUCCCCACUUAACCCACUCCUGGCCUCUUUCUUUAGCAAGACAAUUGGGAACCUUAUAACACGAAAGACUGAGCAGGUGAUUAAUUUCCUGAGAGGAAAGGAGGGAUUCCUUUCCUUGGUCCUGAAGCAUAUAGAUACGUCAGCCAUGAUGGAUGUCCUCCUACGUCUUAUCAGCUGUGUGGAGCCGCCCCCACUUCGACUUGAGACUCUCAUCUGGCUAAAUGAACAGAAACUGGCCCAGAGACUCAUAGAACUGAUUCACCCUGAGAGAGAUGAGGAGAGGCAGUCCAAUGCAUCCCAGACUUUGUGUGACAUCAUUCGUCUCAGCAGAGACCAGGCAGGUCAGCUUCAAGAGAUUUCCCAGCCUGACCCUCUGCUUGCUGUGCUCGAAUCGCAGGAGUGUGUUGAACAGUUGUUGCAGAACAUGUUCUCAGGAGACAGGACUGAAAGCUGUAUCGUCAGUGGGAUUCAAGUUCUUCUCACCUUGUUGGAAAUACGGAGACCUGUGGUGGAUGGUGUCAUGGAUGCUCAGGGAUUUGAGAGGAGUUACACUGUCAACAGCAGUAUUCUGUUGGCAAUUCAGCCGCAUCUGACACACUUCCACCAGCUUCUUCUGGAGCCACCCAAGCGAGAGCAAAUGCUAACCACCCUGGGGGUGCUGGAGGAACCACUGGGGAACACACGUUUGCAUGUAGCCAGAUUAGUGGCCUCUUUGCUUUACACCAGCUCUGCUAGCCACGCGGUCGUAGCACAGGAACUCUGCAGACUCAACACCACGGACCUCCUUCUGAAUUUGUUCUUCAAGUACACAUGGAACAAUUUUCUGCACCUCCAAGUGGAGCUUUGUGUCGCUGCCAUCAUUCGGCCCUGUGCCCAUGAAAUGAGACUUCAGCCUGGUUUGGGCUCACAUGACAAAUUCAAAACCGAGCAAGAUGCUUCACAAGAACAGAAUCAGGCUGAGGCUGCAACUCCUGAACCUUCAGCUGCCUCUGAGAACACUGUACAUAACUUAAUGGUGACUCAUUUAUUCCAACACUGCCACCUUGUUCAGAGGAUUCUGGAGGCUUGGGAAGAGAACGAUAAAAUUCAGUCAGAAGGUGGUAUGAGAAGGGGGUACAUGGGACAUCUUACCAGAAUUGCCAACACAGUGCUUCACAACCUCGAUAAAGGUCCGGUUCACUCCCAGAUUAGUGGCCUUAUUACAGAGCUGCCAGAGGACUACAGGGGGCGCUGGGAAACGUUUGUGGAAAAAACAUUGUCAGAAACUAACAGAAAGAACGCCAUAGACUUGGUAGGAACUGGAAACCCUCGACCGUCAUCAGAAGAUGAUAUGGAGAGUCCCUUCCCUAAAGAACUGACAAUACAGCAGGCUUUUUCUGACUAUCAGAUCCAGCAGAUGACGGCUAACUUUGUGGAUCAGUUUGGCUUCAAUGAUGAGGAGUUCACUGAUCACGACGACAGCAUUGGUACAACUUUUGAUCGGAUUGCAGCGAUUAAUAUCAACAUUGAUGCCGGUCAAGACCACGCUAACACGGCUGUGUUUGAGGCCUGCUCCAAGGAGAGGAUUCAGCCCUUUGAUGAUGAUGAAGAGGACAUCUGGGAAGAUAAAGAAAUCAACUAUGCAACACAAACAAAGUCAAGGAACAGGUUUGGCGGGUCACGGUCCUCCCAAAGCCAAACAGCCAGUACGACUUGUGAUAGGCCAGCAGCUUCCAGCCCAGACGUCCCUGACAGAGCUGAAGACUCUGAUUCUGAGGAAGAAAACCCAAAAGAAGACCAGGAUCCUUUCUCAAGUCAGGAAGAAACUAAAACCAGUGGCUGGGUAGCAGAUUUUGGGGAAGUGAACUCCAAGGCUCCCGCAGCGGGAGCGGGCUUUUCCCCCUGGGACGCACCAGUCUCCCAACCAGCUGCGACAGAGGGUGAAGAGAAGGGCUGGGCUAAGUUUGCUGACUUCCAGCCAUUUUGUUGCUCAGAAACAGGACCGAGAUGCAGUUCUCCAGUAGACUCGGAGCUCAGUGGAUCUGAAGCCAACAAACCAAACCCAAACCCCUGUGUGUGGAGUGCAUGUGUGGCAAGAAAAGCCCCACUCGUGGCAUCUGACAGCUCUUCCUCCAGUGGUUCCGACAGUGACGAGGAAGAGGGCAAAACAGAGUCCACAUCCAGUGAAACGGUCACCACGGAGACCAUCACCACCGGCGCUGGCAAGGAGACCAUCCGGCUCACAAUGGAUGCCAAAAAUGAGAGGGCAGUCUUCACCAGAGUAUUCAGACCUGCGUUGAGACGUGAAGCAGAUAAGGUGUCAACAGAGGCACUGUCCAUCAAAGACAAAGAGAAGGACCAUGACGGCUCGAUUACCGCCAGUCCCACUAACCAGUCACCUGCGGGCACACAAGAAAUGCAGUCCUCUGCCAAUGGACCGGCCUAACGAUGGAGCACAGGAGCACAUUCAUACCUUUUUAUUCAACACAACCCCUACCACUCUUGUUUCGUGUUAUCAGCUCUCGAAUACCCUUUUGUUGUAUCUGAAGACAUGUAAGUGGAUGGAAAAUGUUAAGUUGUGAGGACAGACGGCACUCAUGCUGGAAAGCAGGAAUCACCGUGGGUAUUUUGAUGUAUCCACCUUCAUUGACAUAAUUCUGAACUGAAUUGCUUCAAGGAGAAAUGUAUGUUUUGUAGAACAUUUUAUUGUGCCAGAAAGCCAAAACCAAAUUAUGUUGCACACAAGCAUUUCAUGACCUUAUUUAGGACACUUUCAGUCUGAAAUGUGUCCGUUUGUUAAAUUAAUCAUCCGAAUUUGUAAUCUCUGAAGCCAGGCUGCACUCUGGGCAAAAAAAUCAAAGCCCAUGUAAUUUUUCUAGCACAGGAUUUGACUGUUUACACUUUAGUAAAGAAAGCUGUAUUGUAAUUAUCAGCCAAGAUGCUUGCAAAGCUGGAUAGUUGCCAUUUUCAUCACUGAUGUCUCCAGCAUUUCGAGUGCAGACAUUUCAUUAGUUCAGAUGUGUGCGUGUGUGUGUGUGUAUGUUGAUGAUUUAUCAUUUCCUCCUACAUGUUUGUCAGUCAAGGAAGUUUUGUUUUUUUUGCCGUGUUCAUUCUUGAACAGAAAUGCUUUUAUUGCUUGUCUAGAGCGUUCAGAGUCACAAGAGUCGUGUGUUGCUUCUUCAUCCUAAAGAUCCAUAUAGUUAGGAAGUCUGUGUGUUUUGCUUUUGUAUUCAUGUGUUUGUAGACGUGUGUGUGUGUGUGUGUGUGUGUGUGUACGUGCGUGUGUUCGGGCUCUGUCUGAGGUGCAGAGUGUAUUCUCAGGUCAAAGGAGAAAUAUGUAGAUGGAAAGAAAGCACACCUGUGUAACAUAUAAACACACACACAGACACACACACACAGAGCUCCAUACACAUAUGUAUAAACAGCCAUAUCCACAACACACGCAAAAAAAAAGAAAAUGGUGACAUGUAUAUGCCGGUUCAUACCACCCUCAGAGCUGUUUAAAUGUAAUAUUGUGAAAUUUGAGCCUGUAUUAGGUUGUGGUUAUUGGUCAUAUGUAAACGUAAUAUAAAUGUAAACAGUAUAUAUAAACAUUAUAUCUAUUUUUGGAAUAAAUCCAGUGAAUGGACAGAAGGUUGUUUUGCAGGUUGCAGUGCGUGUAUCGUGCGUGCGUGUUGUACUUUUGAAAGAGGCAAUAAUGAUGUCUGUUUGGGUGAAUAGGCCAGCAUCAGUUCCUGUUUCUUUGCCGCACACUUCCUACACGGAGGCACAGGAGCGAGAAUAUUGAGAAUGUGUCAGCUGUGUUCUGUGAGGUUUACCUAAAGGAUACUUCUUGUCGCUUAGAACUCGGGUCGUAAAUUCUGUCUUUGGUUUUAACAAAGUGAUGCCUGAGCUGAUGUAUAUCCGCCAGAGCUGAACAGAUUUCAGUGCAAAAAAAUUACACUAACUAGUUGUAGCUGCUUUAUUUAAAGCUUUGAAAACAUUUCUAGGUUUUGGACUGUUGGCCAGACAAAAUUAGCCAUCUUGUGACAUCAUGUUCGGUUUGUGUCAUAACACCAGCAUGGGUGCAUAUGGGCCUAAAUGUGUGUGUACUUGACAACAUGGAGCUCAAUAGUAUCUGAAGUCAGAUUUUGUGAAAGGAAGGUUUCUGUGUUGGGUUAAUUUGGGCUCACACUAAUCCUUCAGCCUUGAGUCUUAUCAUGUUGUGACCAACACUUAAGACAGAAUGUUUAUGGUAAUCACAUUUAUACCAAAGGCUUCUCCGUUAGAAAGAUGGGCCCUUGGUUAAGGGCCCAUAAACAAUCUUUCUUUGUUUUUGCUUCACAUAGAUUAUUUUACUAUGUUUCUUUUUUGUUUCUUUUUAAAGGCCUCUUUGAAACUAACAGACAACAUUAUUGUGACACGAGAUGCCCUACAUUACAGCCACUACUGAGCGGCUUUGUUAACACUAAGAAAGUAGCUGAACCUGCAAACUAACUCUGCAAGAUAAUGACUUGAGUUGGAAGGGUCUGAAAAAUGUCCUAAUUGUAUGAUUGCUCCUCUCUCUUCCGCUUUCAGGUUUUGUGACAUUAACCUCCAUUGUUUAAUAUCAUUUGUCUUAAUCAUUACAAAUCAAGUCUAAAACUAAACUAAAAAAACAUGACCUGAGUUUUAAAAGACAACGAUUGUCCUGUAAACUAGUAGAGGCAGACAGUCAUGCUACAUCUCUCUCCUGGUCAUUCUCUUUCUCAGGGCAGGAGUUGACCUUAACUGCCUACAGAUGAUUUACAUACAUUGUCGUAUUUAUUUUAGGAGCACUUUUUCAAGCCGCAGUUAUAGUUUGCACAGAAUUAUUUCCUCCAAGAGGUGAGAAAGUUUGACUUGAUGGAGCAAAUCAUGUAGAUACUUGAUACUUCUUCUGUAAUGCUUUCUGCCAAAGUGUGUCUUCCCACCAGUGUUUCAGCUGGGCUCCAUAAAUGUAAAGUAGCGUCCUCUCUCGCUGUGAUCGUAUGAGUCUUGAGUUAGCUAAAGAAUUUUUUUCUUUUUCGUUAUCCUUUCACCCUGUUUUUUUCCCCCCCAGUUUAUAAGCAGUUGGCAAGGAAGCACUGAGUCAAAGACAUCUGGAUAUAAUCUAGGAUAAGAGCUUUUUUUAUUUAAUCUGCUGAGCACUUUGAGCUGUCUGAUAUGCACAUGGUGAGUUUCUCUUUUUUUUUUUUAUCACGGUCGUGUACAGGGUUAGAAAAUGUCAUGCCCUCCUUCACCAAACUUAAACGCAGCAUCUUAAUGCGAGCCAUCCUUCCCUUCGGGAGGAGUGUGUUGCUUGGGGUACACCAACAGGUACAUUGCGAUGCUAUGCCUCAUGGCAUAUGGUACAAUACUGUAAUCUUAAAGUGCCAUUGAGUUUGCACAUCACCUCUUUGGGUAUGCGUUGUUAUCGUUCAGUGUGCCCUGAACUCCAAUCAAGAAACAAUGGGUCUUAAAUGUGAAUUUGCCCAUCGUUUGUUGCUUACAUCGAGACAAUUUCAAAGUUAAAAGUUGCUGUGUGUUUGUGUGCGUGCGUGCUCGGGGGGGUGGGGGGUAAAAUGUGGGAGGAAGUGGUGAGAGAGAUUGGAUUGUCUGUGUGUGUGUGUGUGUGUUUUUUUCUGUUUUGGGGGAAAAUGGACUGAUGCUGGUGUUUUUUCUUUUUUUUUAGAGAGUAAUGUGUCUGUUACCUGUCGUCAAUUUAGCUUGUACAUUCAGAUAUGAACCUAAUAAACAAGUUACAAAAAAA